AAAGGAAGAGAGGGCGACCAAGCCGCCGGCGACGGGAUUCUUCCAUCCCGAGCUCCAGUGGCGGCAUCGUCGACUCACCUCUUCUCCCCUCCGCCCUCCUCGCUACCAGCCCUCCUCCACUCUGCCCCCUCGCCGCUGCGAGUCCUAGAUCCGCCGUUGCAAUCCACCGCCGGUCAUUCUCGACGCGCGAUUCGCCUCAACAAUCCCCAAACCGUUCCAAGAUGCCGAAGGCCGGCAGGCGGCGCACGAGGGGGGAUCCGGGGACGGAGAGGGAGAGGGAAGCGAAGGAGAAGAAGAACAGAAACCUGGCAGAGGAUCGGACGGUGAUGUUCGCGGCCUUUGAGAGUGAAGAAAAAACCCAAUCCGAAGCAAAAUUAGAUCGUGUGUACGACGAUGUGGUCGAGUCCUCGACGGAGGAAUCGUCCUCCGAUCCACCCAGCCCUCUGCUCCACAAGCCCUACAUCCCCGACGAGCUAGCUGACAGGGCGGACAUACGUGCCGCCUUCCAGAAUGCCGAGGCCGAAUACCAAGCAGACAGGAAUCGUCGGUCUGAUCUCUUCACCUUGGAUCGCUACUCUACUCGUUCCUGCCUGACCAAGGACCGACGCCUUCUUCACAUCCGUGACUCUGCAAAGGAUGCCGUGCUUCUUGCCGCCAGCUCCGUCAUCAGCCUCUCGUCCUAUCUCGACGAUGAGCCGCUGAAUAGGUGCUGUGGUUUGUGGAUUCAGCGGGACGACGAGAAGAAAACCGCCCUUGUUUUGACGUCCGCGCAUCUGAUUCGCGCAAAUCGCACAACGGAUCCCAAGAAGCUGAACAAGUGGUUGUUCGAGUGGACAGGCAAAUAUCAUCGUGAUGCUACCGUCAUUGUUCACUUUCUGGACGGCACAACUGCAUUAGCCAGUCUCAUCUACCUCCAGGAGCACUACGAAUUUGCUCUUUACGAGGUUGUAGUGGACAAACCAGUUCAACUGUCCAUUUUUAAUGACAAUGUGCAUUCUGGUCAAGAUGUUCUGCGACUUGGAAGAGAUGAAUGUUUUGAUCUAAGCAUAACCCAUGGUAGGGUGGAUUAUAGGAUUCCGUCCAGUUAUGAGAGAUGCCACUACAUGUAUUUUAUCCACGAUGGACCAGAUUUAGUUCAUGAUGAUGGAGGCCCUGUCAUUGACUUAGAAGGCAAGGUUGUGGGAAUGGUUCACAAUCAAUCCGUAGAGUCCUUUUUACCUUCUUCUAUAUUGCACAAGUGCUUGGAUUUGUGGAGGAAGUUGAAGUGCGUCCCUCGUGCCCACCUUGGAAUGACCUUUAUUUCCAUCAAGCUUCUAGAUCCUAUUUGCAUUGAGAGGAUGAGGCGUCAGCAUAACAUUCAGUCUGGUCUUAUUGUUGAAAAGGUGUCAAAAGAAUCGAAUGCUGAGAAACUUGGAGUCCGCGGGGGUGAUAUUAUUGAACUUUUCAACGGAGAGUAUAUUUCUAAUACAAUUGAGUUGGAAAAGAUGUUGCUGGACAUAGGCGAGGACCAUUUUCAUCAAGCAAAAGUCUUAGAUGCCGAAGUAGAUAUUCGAAUUCAAAUAUUUCGUGCCACAAAACUUUGCCGAAGAGCUAGAAACUUGAAUGUAAUUGUAUCGGACUGUGGAGAAGACAUCAUAAAAGGCACUUACCCGAUCAAUGUUGGCCUUCGGAGAUGAUUCAAUUAAAAAAUACAUUUUGAUCAACUGAUUCUUUCAUGGAGCCAAUGGAAUUAGCCCGAUUCAAAUUAUAGACACAAGUUCCGUAGAUAAUUUUUGUGUAUCAUCAAACAAGAACUUCAAAUUAUGAUGCGUUUUAAAAUGUAAUUCAUGGAGCGUACAAGAAACAUAGCUUAGAGCAGAACCUGGCUACUUAUAUAUUUUGUGUUUUGUGAGACUCGCAUCCUUUACGCUGUGGAUGAUGAAUUGAGUUUGGUAACUAUGCUAGAGUGAAAUGUUCGGCACAAGAUUGAUAUAUUUAACAUUGACAAUUCCCAUUAUAUGUAUGUGCAACAAACAUAUAAGUUGUAGCUUGUUGCGCAGGGUAAAAGCGAAUAAGAAUGGUCAUCAUGUAGCAA